UCUUUUAUCAAAACUCUUUCCUUUCCCGUCCCUCUCUCUCGCCAAAUGAAGCUGACGGACGGAAACGCCAACUCUUCCUCUGUCGAGCUCAACUUUUUUAAAUGAUGGAACUAUUCUUCCCUCUCCUUUUCGCUGUUAGUUUCUUCACCAUUAUCUCAUUCCCGCCGUUAACUCAUGCCUUGGGUUCUGGCUCAACUCUCGCCGUCGCCUACGGCACCGCCACUGUAUGCGCCAUCGUGGCCGCCGAGCCGACUCAACGCAUUAUCUGCUACCGCGCUGGCGACAUCUCCUCCUUCGCCGUCCCCAUCCUCCCGAACGUCUCUUACUCCACCGUCGCCGGUGGCCAAACCAACAUUUGCGCCCUUCGUUCUGGUGGUUACAGUCUCCUGUGCUGGGAAACAAACACCCCAACUUUUCCUCUUAAACGCAUAUAUUAUAAUGACACCAUGUUCCUACAAUCCCUCUCCAUUGGCGACGGAAGGAUUUGUGCAACUUCGACGAAUGCGACGCCGUCUGUAGCCUGCUGGAGACCGGGCGGUAAUACUAGAAAUAACAGUGAGGAGUUACCCAACGAUAAUUACAGAAUGGGUAAAAUCACAUCCGGGUUUGGGUUUUCUUGUGGGAUUGUAUUGAGUGAAAACAACAGGAUGACCUGUUGGGGAAGUAACACCGUAGGGAAAGACAUAGAAGGGCAAUUCGGGAACAUGUCAAUGUCAAAUAUCGAAGCUGGGUUUUCCCAUGUUUGUGGAGUGAACUCAGCUGGUGAUUUAGUAUGUAAAGGAGAAAACUCAACUGGUCAAUUAAAUGUUCCUUUAAACAGAGGUUUAAACUUUGCUUCAGGGUUAGCUCUUGGUGAAAGGUUUAGUUGUGCAAUUAGGAGAUCGAAUGGGACAGUUGUUUGUUGGGGUUCAAUGGAUGAGACUGCUGUUGAAGGAAUCGAGUUCGAAUCCAUUGUUUCAGGUUUAAAUUUUACGUGUGGAUUAACCACUAGGAAUUUUUCAAUUGUUUGUUGGGGUACAGGGUGGCCUGGAAACAAUGGGUCAAAUUCAAAUUCUUCCGCAAAUGAGUUACCUUUCGGAGCUGAUAUUUUACCAGGGCCUUGCGUUCAAUCUCCUUGUAACGAGUGUGGGUUAUAUCCUCAAUCAAGUAGCCUUUGUUUUGGCUCUGGUAACAUUUGUAAACCUUCACCUUGUUUCAAUUUCACCAACUCAUCACCACCGUUAUCGCCGCCACUACCGGAAGCUCCACCUCCGGAGGUUUUGAGGCAGUCGUCGCCGUCUAAAGCGUUGAGGAGAGGGUUAUUGGUCUUUGCAAUAGUUGGAUCAGUUGGAGGUUUUUUGGGGAUUUGUAGUAUUAUUUAUUGUUUAUGGACUGGGGUUUGUUUUGGGAAAAAGAAAGUACAUAAUUCAGUUCAGCCAACAAUAACUAGAGCUGGUUCUAGUGGUGGUCCAGGUUCAAAUAAUAGUCCUCCGUCAAGGUCAUCUACAAUUAGACGCCAGAGUUCAAGAGCAAUGAAGCGUCAAAGAAGUGGAACAUCAUCGAAACAUGCUGAUAGAGCUGAGGAAUUUAGCUUCGGCGAGCUUGCUGCUGCUACCAAUGAUUUUUCAUUGGAAAACAAGAUUGGUGCUGGUAGCUUUGGGGUUGUUUACAGGGGGAAGUUGUUGGAUGGCCGUCAGGUGGCAAUUAAAAGAGGUGAAACAGGUCAAAAAACCAAGAAAUUCCAAGAGAAAGAGACUGCAUUUGAAUCAGAAUUGGCAUUCUUGUCUAGGCUUCAUCAUAAGCAUUUGGUUAGGCUUGUUGGGUAUUGUGAAGAGAGGGAUGAAAGGCUUCUGGUUUAUGAGUACAUGAAGAAUGGUGCACUUUAUGAUCAUUUACAUGAUAAGAACAAUGUUGAGAAAAGUAGUAGUCUGCUUAAUUCCUGGAAAAUGAGGAUCAAAAUUGCUUUGGAUGCGGCCCGGGGGAUUGAAUAUCUUCACAAUUAUGCAGUUCCACCUAUAAUUCAUAGGGAUAUAAAGUCUUCUAACAUAUUGCUUGAUGAGAAUUGGACAGCAAGAGUUUCAGAUUUUGGACUUUCCCUUAUGGGUCCGGAAUCUGUCCGAGAUUACAGGCCAAUGAAGGCGGCUGGAACAGUUGGUUACAUUGAUCCUGAGUACUAUGGCUUUAAUGUAUUAACAACAAAGAGUGAUGUGUAUGGGCUUGGAGUUGUAAUGCUAGAACUUCUGACAGGGAAGAGAGCUAUAUUCAAGAAUGAUGAAAAAGGAGGGACCCCGGUGAGCCUGGUGGAUUUUGCAGUUCCUGCAAUUAUGGCAGGUGAAUUGAUUAAGGUUUUGGACUCGAGGGUUGGACCACCAGAACUGAAUGAAGCUGAAGCAGUGGAACUGAUGGCAUACACUGCAAUGCAUUGUGUGAAUUUGGAAGGGAAAGAGAGGCCUACAAUUGGUGACAUUGUUUCUAAUUUGGAGAGGGCAGUGACUGUUUGUGAUGGCAGCCAUGGCAGCAUCUCAAGUGGUGCAUUCUCCAUGGUUUCAGAGUGAGAUUUUCAACUCUGAAAAAAAAAAGUACAAUUUUGCCCUUUCCUUCGUUAAUUUUUUCCGUAAGUGAUUUAUCCAGGUAUACAUUUUGGAGUGCAAAGAUUUUUCAUUUUUAGGAGUUUUUCUUCAUCUAACAUUGAGCUGUAGUUUAGGGUUUUGUGAACAGUGACAGCAAGGAGAAAUGAUUGCAUGAUUUAUUCUUGUUGCCCUUUAGCAUAUUGUUUUCCUGACAAUUUCUUGAU